AUGCACUCGGCCAACGAGCAAUGUGAAUACAUCAAUUUCACUACGCUUUACCUCAACACUACAAGCACACGCACACGCACAAACACAAGUGAAGACUGCUCCAAGCCCCACACUACCACCGCUCUCUGCUUUACCGGCGCGAGUCUUGCUCAGAUCUCUGCUAGUCUCUACGAUAUCGUCGAAGAGAUUCCUCCUCAUCCCUGCGCUUUCGUUGAUGUCUUUCCUCUCCAAACCCAACAGAAUCUGGCUAUUCGACGUGGAUCGGAAUCCGCUACUGCAUGGAAUACUAAAGAAAACGUUCUAUAA